CUUACCAAAAUGGCGGUUGGCUUGUGAUUUCGUUUGCAACAUCCGGCUGCGUCACGUCCGAACACUCAAGAUCAAAAACAUGGCGUUGCUUCUAAGGACGGUGGCCCGACAGGGUCUGUGUUCGUCACGGUCACAGUUUGGCGUACUCUACAGACAUGCUGUCCCUAUGGGAACCACAGCGAAAGAGGAAAUGAACAAGUAUUGGACAAAAAACACACGACUCAACAGACCUGUCUCACCACAUUUAAGCAUCUACCAGUGGUCUGUCCCCAUGAUGCUGUCAAUCUCACACAGAGGAACAGGCGUAGCACUAAGUUCAGGAAUCUCUGCGUUUGCACUUGCUGCGCUGGUUUUACCGGAGAGUUACCCAUAUUACCUUGAUCUCAUUCACUCCAUGUCCUUUGGGCCCCAGUUCCUUGCUUUCAGCAAAUUUGCUCUAGCUUUCCCAGUGGCUUUUCACACCUUCAACGGCAUCCGUCAUCUGAUGUGGGAUGUUGGGAAGGGUUUUAAGAUUCCUGACGUCUAUCGUUCUGGCUACAUUGUCAUUGCUCUGACUAUUCUCACAUCAAUUGGUCUUGCUGCCAUGUAAAUCCAUGAGACACAAAUGAAGAAAACGUGGAAGUAGAGAAGGUGGUGUUAUUUUGUUUAUCUGUCCCAGAAGUGGUCUGUAAGCACCAAAUUCAUUAAUAUAAAAAAUAAAAAUAUCUAUGUCUACACAAAAA